GCGCUGGCGCCGACGAACGCUCCCGGUCCCCGAAGAGGCGCCCGGCCCGUUGGUUUGCAAACUGGAACUUGUCCUGCAGGGAUUGAUGGCAUUCAAGGAUGUGGCCGUGGACUUCUCUCGGGAGAAAUGGGACUUCCUGGAUGCUACUCAGAGGCACUUGUACAGAUGUGUGAUGCUGGAGAACUACAGCAAUCUGGUCUCAGUCAGACUUUCCAUUUUAAAGCCAGAUGUGAUCUCCUUAUUGGAAGAGGAAAACCAGCCUUGGCUGGUGAACAGGGGCAUGACAGCAGGACCUUGCCCAGGUGAGUGGGAGCUUAGGAGCAGAGGGGAGGCUCGGCAGCCAGCUGGCUUCGCAGCAGCAUCUUGGAUAUUUUUGCUGGGAACUACUGCUCCCAGGAUGAGGCCUGAAGAGGGAGAGAAGGAAGGCCUGAGACCCAGGGAGAAAAAUAACUUCUCUCUCUCCCCUCUUAGUGAGGUAGGUAGGAAUCCUCCUUCCCCAUGCUCAUCCUCUUUACCUACACAUUAAGUCUAAUUCUUUCCCUGCUUAUCCUUGUCAUUUAGACCUGUGUAAAUAUUGUCACUUAUAAAAUAUAUUUUGGAAAAACAUGAAUUGAAUACUUAAUAUUUAGUAAAUU